CUUUUCCACUGACCCUGCGGGCGAAGAUACCCUCGUUACUCCACCGGAACAUACUCCACCCAGCCAAUGUCACAUCACCAGGUAGAUGGACUAUAAAGUACUUGCCCAACAAACUGCUCAAGAUAUUUUAGGUUACAAUCAAGAUACAUCAGGCUGGAAAGUGGUUAAAUCUUCAAAAAAAAUAACUGUUUCUAGCAAGGCUUCUAAAAAAUUCCAUGGAAAUAUAUAUCGUGUUGAAGGAAUAAUUUCAGAAUCAACAUCUAAACUAGCUGAUUUCCUCUACAAGCCUGAAAUUAGAAUUACAUGGGAUAAAUCAUUGAAAGUGUACACUAUGAUACACAAGAUUGAUUCGGACACAUUCAUAUGUCAUGCCAUUACACAAAGUUUUGCCAUGGGCUCAAUUUCCCCCCGAGACUUUAUCGACAUAGUGCACUUCAAGCGCUAUGAAGGGAAUGUGAAUGUGAUCAGUUCUAAAAGUGUGGAUUUUCCAGGAUAUCCUCCAUCUUCACAUUACAUCCGUGGUUAUAACCAUGCUUGUGGCUUUGUCUGUUCACCUCUGAAAGAUAAUCCAGCGCAUUCCAAACUAGUGAUGUUUGUCCAGACAGAAAUGAGGGGGAAAUUGUCCCCAUCAAUAAUUGAAGCAACUAUGCCUUCCAACUUAGUGAGCCUCAUCCUCAAUGCAAAGGAUGGAAUAAAGACACACAAAGCUCCGCCAGAACGUGGAUGUCAUCAUAGUUGCCAGUCACUCCAUAAGAAGAAAUGAGGCUGUUUACAACGAGGCCAUAUAAAAUCAUGUGUAGUUACUGCAGUUUACUUCUAAGUCAAUAUGCAUAAGUACUGUUAAACUUUUCUAGACAGUAUUCUUGUACAAAUUAUUGAAGGUACAUUGUGGAAAUAAGAACUCAUAGUUGUACAAGAGAACAGUCUUAAAUAUAGUUUUGAAUCGCAUAUAAGACUGAUGGUCAAUAACAAGUAUUUUUUGUUUUAUUUUUUUAAAUUAUAUUUUUAUUGAUUUCAGAGAGGAAAGGAGAGGGAGAGAUAGAAACAUCAAUGAUGAGAGAAACAUCGAUUGGCUGCCUCCUGCAUGAACCCUAUUGGGGACUGAGGCCACAACUCGGGCAUGUGCCCUGACCGGGAAUCGAAUCAUGGCCUCCUGGUUCAUAGGUCGAUGCUCAACCACUGAGCCACACCGGCUUGGCCAAUAACAAGUGUUCUUUUUAUUUUUUAAAUAUAUUUUUAUUGAUUUGAGAGAGGAAGGGAGAGGGAGAGAGAGAUAGAAACAUCAAUGAUGAGAAUCAUCGAUAAGCUGCCUCCUGCACGCCCCCUACUGGGGAUUGAGCCUGCAACCCAGGCAUGCACCCCUGACCUGAAUCAAACCUGGGACCCUUCAGUCCGCAGGCCAACACUCUAUCCACUGAGCCAAACCAACUAGGGCAACAAUUGUUCUUAAUGCCCUUUAUCUUUUGCUUUCCCCCCCCUGGAAAAUGUUCUGCAAAAAGUCAGUAAGAAAGCACAUGAGAUCAUCACUAAUUAAAGAUUAAAAUAUAUUUUAAAUUGGUUUUCCUUCACUUACUGCUUAAAAUUGAUAAUUGUAAAAAAUAUGAACAUAAAAUUGGAAAGAAUUA